CUUUAAAAUGAAGAUAGAAUUAUAUACCCCAAUUGUCCUGAUGUAUAACACGUAAUUAAAUUAUUGAAUAAUAAUAAAAAGCAGAGGAAUGUAUAUUAGAGACCCGCGUUACAGAACAGAUAAAUGUUAUUACAUUUAAUUUCGUCGUAGCCUGUAUAGGUGUUGUAAGUUGCUGCCGUCAGAUAAUUUUGGCGGGAAAUAUCGAUAUGCAUCUCUAAGGCCCUUCGAUUAAUCGUAUGACUAGAUAGCCAUUUCCCGCUAUAUCGACAACCAACAAUAACCGCUAACUUCACUGUGUUAUAAUGUCAAACGCUCACAGUCCAACACGAUUCCAUAGAGAGGCAGAUAGUUUUUAUGACCAAAAUUUUACAUUGGACAUAAAUAAACGUAUGCAUAUUCCAAAAAGUAUACGUGUCAAUGGUGACUUUACUGAUGAAGAUAUUCCUGGUACAAAUGGUUCUAGUUGGAAUCAAGUGCAAUCCAGUGAAAAGUUUGAUAUGCACGUUCCAGAUAGAAUUCUUGUUGUUGGGCAGGAGCAACAUAUCGGCACGAGAGCACCGCCAAGAGAAAUAAUAUUAGAGAAUUCAUCAAUGCCUCCUGAGCCAGGCAUGGUGAGAGUUCAG